CAGCGGAGAAGCGGAGAGUUGAAGUUUCGUUCCGCGGACACUUGGAGUGCGCGCCUUUACGCGGACACUUCCCAAAGGGACUUUCUAUUGAAAGCAUUACAUAACAGCUUUCCUCGUGCAUAUGAGAAGUAGAGUUGUUAUAAAAUUUGGAAAGGAAGGCGAGGACUUGGAUAAAUAAAGGCAGGACUGACGGAACGCAUUCGGGACUCUCGCGGUGCGUUUUUACCGGUGAUGCGCUUGAGCUGAGCUAACGGAAGACGUAGAGUGAAGAAGAAAGAGGAGUGGACAAGAGGAGACGAACUGUCCCGUCAUACACUCUGGUUGUGAGGGGUGCAUGUAGGCAGCAACAUGAAGCCCUUUGUCCCUCUUCUGCUGCCUCUCCUCCUCUAUCAACUCCUGCCAUCCCUGGUGCUAACCAACACCUGUCCAACAGACUGUACCUGUGCAGUCCAAGACUCCAUAUUCUGCUUCAGUCGCCGGGCCACAAAAAUGCCUAGUGAGGUGCCCACAGCAACUAAGAAUCUCUAUGUCUUCAAGAAUGGCAUUGAGACUCUUUCCCAGGAGGACUUCAAUGGCUUGAGCAGCCUGGAGAUGCUGGAUCUAAGUCAGAACAAGCUGACAGAGCUGCCAGAUCGUAUCUUCGAACACCUCUCCUCUCUCCACAACCUGGACCUCUCGGCCAACCAGAUUGUUCACAUAUCCCAGGAGAGCUUUGCAGGGCUGGAACUUCUGGAGAGGUUGUAUCUCUACAGCAAUCUCAUAGAAAGCAUUCAUCCUGCAGCUUUUGAUGGACUAGAGCAGUUAAUAGAGCUCAAGCUGCAAGGAAACAAACUGACAACACUGCCUGCUCUUAAAAUGCCCCAUUUGCUCUUACUGGACUUACGGUUCAACAGCAUCCCCUCACUAGGGCCAAAGGACCUCCAGACACCCAAGUUGGAGUCACUGAAACUGGGCGGGCUGGGGCUUUCCAGCCUCGAUGAGGAUCUCCUAGGAAGCUUUAAAAACCUCCAUGAGCUGGACAUCUCCAACAAUCAAUUAACUACUUUUCUACCAGUAUUGCGGGAGGCGAAGGGCUUGGUUACUCUCAGUCUUGCUGGGAAUCCAAUGAGCCCUGUGAAAUGGGAGGACUUUGAAAAACUUACAGAGCUUCAAGAGCUGGACAUCAGCAAUCUCAGUCUCCAAGGCUUGCCGGAGACCCUAACCCGGCUCUUUCCUCUCCUGCAAAGACUGACCGUUGCCGAGAACCCUUUUAACUGCCUGUGCAACCUGGCUUGGUUUCCUAGCUGGCUUCGAAAAAAGCAGAUUCAGUUGGGUAGAACUGAAGAGACACGAUGCCACUUUCCUCCAUUGAAUUCUGGUAAGGUGCUGGAGAGAUUGGGACAUCGAGACUUUGGAUGUCCAGUGACCACAACCGUUACGACUCGCACGGUGAAGACCACUGUGGUACCUCCAGCUCUGGUCACCAGUUUGCCAAGCACAUCACAUGCGGUUCUCCAUGCCAAGCCAAGUGGAAACCCUUCUACAGAAACCAGAAACAACCCUCCUCCUCCUACGCCAAGUACUAGCAUCGACCCAGACCUCAGAACAACCUUCUGCCCAACAAAUAUCUGCCUCAAUGGAGGAACAUGUUGGCUUGAUAAUGAGGGACACCUGGAAUGCAUUUGUCCACCAGGAACAUUAGGUACAUAUUGCGAAAAUGACUUACCUACUGUAUUCACCACUGUGGCACCUGAAAUUACCGCAACAAAAGUAACUAGCUCAUCUAUACUUUUGGACCUUCAUAGGUACAUUGAGAUGCGUCCACACAUCCGUGGAGUACGGUUAACCUACAGGAACCUCUCAGGCCCGGAUAAGCGUCCCAAGCAACUCAACAUUCCUGCUUCUUACCCGGAGUACACACUACGUGGACUCCAGCCAAACUCUACAUACUCUGUAUGUGCCAGUCCAUUGGGUGAGUCUGGCAACAUGGAUAGCAUAUGCACUGAAUCCCAGACGGUGAGCCAGCAGCCAAGUCCUACUGGAGCACGACUGGAGAACCCAAAGAUCACCACAAUGCUCAUCCCUGCAGUCGCUAUCCUUCUUCUGCUAGUUCUAAUCGCCAUUGCCGUUGCCGUGGCUUGCUACAUGCACCGGAAAAAAUCAAAGGGACAGCUGGAUCUCGAAUGUGAUUCCUCACAGCUCGAGUUAAAUGGUUUGGACAAUGGCACUCUGCCUCAAAAGAAAGAGAUUAUCUUGUGUCCGUCAACAGUGCAGAACGGUGGCUUGGACUAUGAGGUUCCACUCAUGCAGAAUCACUGUACUGCUAACAACAACGUGAACAGUUUAAAGCCAUCAUAUUUCUAAUCACGAAUUAAAGUUUGGGUUAUUUACCUGCUAAAGUAUGAAUGCUGUAGCCUUACCUUCUCCAUUACCUAAAAAGGUACCACUGUGGACAGCAGUGUGAUCAGCCACCAGGUUCUUUGUGAAGACACGAUGGUUUUAGCUGGUGCAAUCUUGCUAGGAUUUUUCUGAUGGAGUAUAUUUAGUCCUCCGAAAGUGCCUUUACCAUACCAGAUCUGAAAGAAAUCUGAAAACCAAAAAAUCUGCAUUCAUUUUGUCUUUGAAACAAAGUUCUUGGUGCACUUGGCUGCCACUUAAAAAAGGAAAUAAGGCUGACUGAAAAACGUUGGUAAUAUUUCGACGUGUAGCACCUGUGUGCAACUCUAAGGAGCUGCACUAACUGUGAACCAGCCCUACAUUUAAUUGGGCAAUUGAAGAUAUGGACUUCUUAAGGCAUUCGAAGGCUGAUGCUUGUGAUACCUUGAUUUGCUUCGUGAAGUUGCAAAUAUUGUUUUUGUUUGUACUUUUUUUAUUUUGUAACUUUUUUUUGGCACAAUGUUUUUGUACAGAUAUGUGACUGUUGCCAGGCUGCUCAUCCCCCCCACCUCUCGUGACUUACAAAGCAGACAAAACACUAGCUUGUAACUUUGAAGAUUAAAAUUGACUUGCACCACCAAGUGAAUCAAAGGCUUUACUUUAGAAAUGUCAGAGAGUCUAAGUAGUUAAAUGUCUAUACAGACUUGAAACUAAAUCCCUCCUCUAUUUUUCAGCACCAAUCCCCCUUUGUCCUCAAAAACAGAGACAAAACUAAAAGACACACAGGGCAGGUGACUGACUGAAAAGCAGAUUAAUGUACAUUAUGUCUGUUGUAAAUAGUAAAUCAUUGUAAGCUACAAUCCCUUAUGGGAGCCUUUCUGUUUGUGUAACAAAAAAGAGGUUAUUUCCUAAUCCACAGUUCAAAAUUAGCCGUAAUUUUGUGUUGUCAGUCUGCAAAAUUAGUCUUUGCACUAUUUACAAGUUACUUGCCAGAAGGUUUCACCUUUGCUCACUUGCAUAUUUUACAUGUUUUAUGUUUAAAACAAUAAGAUGUGAAUUAAAAUAGUUCAGAGCUAGAGCUAAUGUAUGAAUGAGGUAGCAGAUUUAGUUUAAUCUAAACCAGCAGACUAAUCUAAGACAAACCAAAAAAUAAUUUAAAACACACACUCCAAAUCCAAAUCUCCAAACCCAAUGGUUUACAAAGAAAGAGCAUACAAUUAUUUAAAACAACCAUCCAUGUUCAUUUAUGACACUUACGUGUAAUUUAAAAUGAGGGAGCAGCUGAAUAUACGGUAGGUCCUUAAGAGUUUUUCAUGGUUAUGUUUACGGUAAAAUGCCAAACCGAGACAGUGGGGAGCUGUGCUGAUUUACCUCUGUGAGGAAAUGUGUUACUAUUUUAGCGCUUGUUUUACAAUCUAUCAGAUAACAUAAUCAUUUUUCUUACUAACAAGAGUGAGAAAAAAAUGUAAUAAAAUUGUGCUGACAAGUGUAUCUGUGGCCUUCUGCUUUAAAAGAAGAAGGAUAUGUCAUUGAAAAAAAUGUUCUUGAUGAAAGAUCCAAACUGGAAACCAAAUGAAGUAUUGAAAAUAUUUGGGAAUAUUUUUGAUAAGACAGGCGUCUAAUUUUCCCUGUUUAAUUUAGGAAGCUCUUUUUCAUAAUUGUCUGUUAUUGUGUCUACCUGGAAAUGUUUGUAUAUGUAUGAUGUUUUUUGUUUUUUGUUUUUCAAAAAUCUGCAAACAAAAUUAAUAAUAAAAACAAUAAUGCUA